GGAAGUGUUAGCUAACUAGGCUACGGAAAUGUCUUGCCGAACAUCUUUUUUGUUUUUCUCCACUUUGCUGUUUGUCGGUCUCUUCGUGUUUGUCUAAAAACAUCACAGCUGAGUCUGGACAGGACAUCACUUUGACAUGUCGAGCUCCAAACAAUAACAACAUUAUUGUUCUAGAGUGGAGCAGAGCUGACCUGGGAGAGAAAUAUGUGCUUGUGUUCCGGGAUGAGCGUUUCUAUCCAGAACAACAGCAUCCAUCUUUUACAAACCGAGUGGAUCUGCAGGACAGACAGAUGAAGGAUGGAGACGUGUCUUUGAUUCUGAAGAAUGUGACGAGUAAUGACGCUGGAACAUACGAGUGUCGUGUCGUCCAGAGAGGAGCAAAGCGCAGGAAGAGAGGUGUUUUAGAUGUUGAUCCCAUCAGCAUCAUCACACUAAGUGUUGUUGAUCCUCCAGGUGAGUGAGUAGAGUUGAGUGUGUGUGAUCAGAGGUGAAGCUGCUUCCUGCUUGUUGAUGU